AUGGUGAAUUCACAGGCUGUAAGGCCGUCUAUUGAUGGGAAGGACUCUUCUGAGCUUCCUCCAACUUCUAUCCCCCAGGAUGAGGAUCUUAAUGUCGCCCCGAAAAUGUCUCGCCCCCUUGAAGAAGACGACGGUGCCAUCUCUCCUCGAGCCUCCAAGAAGCCGCGCCUGAAGUCGGAACCAGGAGACCUCUCACUUCCACCACAACCGCCCACUAUCGUGGACCAAGGACCAGGAAAUCAGAUCGAAGAAGAGCUGGCCUCAGCCCUCGGCCCUAGUAUAGUCGACACGGUAGAACGCCAUGAUGACAAACCUACUACUAGUCACAUCGAGACACCCGCCGAAGGCACGGUGGCACCAGAACCCAACCAGGACAUUGAUACGGACAUAGCUACAGUAAUUUCAAGCAUUAUGAACCAUGCGGAACGCGUUGAGGAGCAAUGCGCUAUCGGACAGCAGCAACUAGCCGAUACUUCUGGCCAGUCGGCUCCAAAAGGAAUGGUGUUUGUCAAAGCAAAUUCCCACCUCAAAAUUCAAAGCUUGCCCAUUCUUGACAACCUGUCUACCCAAAUUCUAUCUCUGCUGGCAAAAUCUACCUACCAGGAUAUCACCUCCUUUGUCUCCGAGCCAGAUUCCGAGAAUGGACAGGCCUAUGCUACCAUGCGGUCGCUUUUCGACCACACCAAGAAAGUGUACUCGACCAAAAAGUCUUUCCUGUCUGCUACCGAACUUGAGCUCACAGAGUCUUCUCAAGUUGACAUCAUCAGGAAGGCCAACCUUGCCUCAUUUGUCUCCAGCAUCUUUGGAACACAAGAAAUUGGGUUUUCCGAGCUGAAUGAUAACUUCCUCGAUGUCUUUGUCCCGGAGGGUGGUCGUUUACUCAAAGUACAAGGGGCUCUCUUCCUAGAGCUGAAAACACAGGCGUUCAUUGCCUCAAUGAACAACACGGAACGAUCACGGACUGAGCUGCUGUACGACUUGUUUCCCGACGACUUAGAGCAGCGUCUACUUGAAAGGCGCCCAGGCACUCGUCAACUUGCCCCGAGCGAAACCGAUUUUGUGAAUCGCGCCAAGUCGCGCCGUGAUAUCCUCCUCAACGAUGUCAAUAACGAAGAAGCGAUGAAGGCCUUGCCCGACAAGUAUCACUGGGAAGAUUUUCUCAGGGAUCUUAGCUCCUAUGUCACAAAGAAUUUUGAUACGAUCAGUAAUCAGCAGUCGAAGAAGAUAGCUAAAGGACGCCAGCCAUCCUCUUCGAGUGGGGAUGCGCAAGAACCAAGCAACGCUCCCCUUCAAGGCCAAUUUCCAGUUGCUUCUCAGCCUCCCGACGUUCCUGUCGACAGAAACAUGCAUGGCGAUCUCGUUGCUCGUGCAGCUCGUGCAGCACAGAUUGCAUUGCAGGGCCAUGGGCUGAGACGCUCUCAACAGCAGUCACAGCAACAGCAGCAGCAGCAGCAGCAGCUACAGCAACAGCACCAUCACCAACAGCAACCUCAACAGCCCCAACAACAAACCCAGCCGCCGCCGCCCCAGCAGCCUCAACACCCAAUUCAACAACAGCAGCAACCCCAGCAGCAACAUGUACCUCAUCACCCAACCCAGCAAGGUGCGCAAAUUUAUCAUGGAUAUGCUCCUGCGCAACCAAGUGGCCAGCUUCCACCUCAGCAGAACCCUCAUCAUCAGCAGUAUCAGCCAAGUCCUACGCCACCAGGUUAUCAACCACAACCUACGCAGCCUACCUUUCAGCAGGGGCCAAUCCAGGCUAAUUUCCAACAAUACAACCAUGGCGCCCCAGUUUCCAUGCCUGGAAGGCCAAAUUCUGCCGCGGCCAAUCAUGGCUACAUGCCUGGCAUACCUCAUUAUUCGCAAUCUCAGCCGACCCAAGUUCUCUACGAGCGGGCUCGUAUGGCAGCAUCGGCGAAGUCAUCCCCCAGCAGCCGCAAGUCGGGCCUACCAAGCCAGCGUAGACCUUGGACAACAGAAGAGGAGAACGCAUUGAUGGCUGGCCUGGAUCGUGUCAAGGGGCCCCACUGGAGUCAGAUACUAGCUAUGUUUGGUCCAGGAGGUACUAUUAGUGAAGCACUAAAAGAUCGGAAUCAGGUUCAGCUCAAAGACAAGGCGCGCAAUCUGAAACUCUUCUUCCUUAAGAGUGGAAUCGAAGUUCCCUAUUACCUGAAGUUUGUUACUGGUGAAUUGAAAACUCGUGCGCCCGCCCAGGCUGCCAAGCGUGAAGCACGAGAGCGGCAAAAGAAGCAAGGAGAAGAAGACAAAGCUCAUGUCGAAGGAAUUAAAGGAAUGAUGGCCCUAGCUGGCGCACAUCCUCAGCCGGUUGCCUUAGGACACGGUCAUGACGGCAUGUCGGCGUCUCCCAGUUUACCACCUGAUGCCGGUGCUCAUGCCGCAUUCGAUCAAACUGCUGAGCAGAAUUUGAUGCAGACCCUUGGGCAGGAGGUGCAUGGAGAUCAGUUCGGACAGCACCAGCAUCACCAACAUCACCAGCACCAGCAUCACCCACACCAUCAGGAUCCUGUUGAUCCAAAUAUGCAUCUUGGGCAGUAG